UCACCUGUGUCAUAUUAGCUGUUAAAAGGUAACGAGGAAUAAGAAGAAAAAAAAAAGAUGCCCCAAGAGGUUAUUUAUCUCAGUCCUCUCUCGCACCUCAUUUCGUGAGUUAAUUUUUUUUUUUUUACUUCAAGUGAUAGUGUGAGAAUUUACGUCAUUUUCGGUCCAAGAGCAAAUAUGUACAGUGGGAUCAUAGGAGUGAAACUGUUGUGUGUGUGCCAUGGCUCUCCCCGAACGAUGAACCCAUCUCUCCUAUUCUUUAGCUUUUAAUCCAUAUAUUCUUUUCCCCAACUUGCACACAGCCAUCACCCCAAUGCAAAAGAAUGAGACACCGAUGAUCGCAACUACGGUUUUCACUCAAACAAAACCUCAUACUAUCCCGAAUGCAUGGUGCAACCAUCAUCAUCGUCAUCAGUGGUUCGGUCGUCUCGGUCGUACCCAUCGUCUUCGUCAUCGGCAACACUGCGCAGAAGUGAACCACUCUCGGGAAUACACAGGUAUUCAAUGGAAUAACCAUAUGAUGAGUGGCGAAGAAGGCCAGAACUUAUAUAACAACUUACUACCAUUGCACACUCUUUAGUUUCAAGACGACCUUAGAACGGUCAAGAUCGCACCAGAUCUUCACCAUCUCAAAGAAGUUUAGCACAGUGAACAUUUCACUCUGUGUUUCAUUCUCUGCCAACAUCUUCUCAUAGACACUACCUGUUUUUAUUUCUUGGCAUUCGGGAACCUCAAGUUCUUUCACUCUACGGUACAUCACCCAUCAAGAGUUUAUUCUCGAUCGGGAUCAACGCGUAUAUCCCAAAUAGAAUCAAACAAAAAUAAGGUGAUCAAGUGCUUAAGGAAAUAAAGUUGGAUUUUCUAAGGAAAGAAAAAAAAACAAAAAGAAAAUUGUUUGGUGUGUGUCGAUAGCCAACAAUGCUAAAGUGACUCUUAACCUGGACAUAGCAAGUGACAUUUAAUUUAAAAAAAAAUAAGAGACACCCUAAAACCCCUCUGGGUAUCCCCAUCAGGAAGGAUUUGCAGAUCAGGUGCAUAGAUUAUUUUCUCAAUCUAUCUCCCCAUAACCCGUGUUCGUGGCUAGGAUUCAGGGUGUCGAUUUAUAAAUAACGAAUUACCAGUAAAACAGUUAAGCGUCAAACGGAAAUCUGCGCACAGAAAAACAGAAGGGUAAAAUGCAGCGAUUACAACUGGUGCAUGUUUUACUUGCCGCCUCAGUCGCCAUGAUUCUCACUUCAACCUCAACAAUGGGACAACAGUCAUCGUCAUAUAACAAGCGACUAUCUAAAACAGAAAUGCCUAUUGUGCAGGCAGCUAAUGCACCAUUAAGUGAUAAUAUUGCGACAGCAAGUGGCUCAGAGCCAGCAAUUCAAACAAUUAAGGCGCCAGAAGGGGAGAGCAGUAGCACAGUAGAUACGAUACCAAGUGAUACAACUGGACAAGAUGAGUCAGAUGAGAGUGACACCUCCAUUGAGGAUGAAUGUGAUCCUGAUAUGAUUGGAUUUGAGAUAAUAACAGGGUAUGUUUUCUCAGCACCGGGAAAACUCUUAGAUUCCAUACCAGGCACUUUAAUGUUCACCGAUUGCCUGGAGGCGUGCCAAUCUAAUGACUCCUGCAACUCUGUGAAUUAUGAAACCGGACUGUGUGUACUCUUUGCCUCUACUGCUGAUAAACUACCAGGAGCACUGGCCAAAUCACAAUUUCCCGUUUUCACCAUCUACGCUCAAAAGUCAUGUCUGGCCAUACGUCCAUGUGCUCGUGCCUGGUGCAUCGAUAGAGUACAAGGCUACAAAUUAGUGGGAUACGAAAAAAGAUCAGCACAGGCAGCUUCUAGGCGCGACUGCCUGGAGAUGUGCCUCGGUGAGACGGACUUCACAUGCCGAUCUGCCAACUUUUAUCGGUCUAGCGGUUUGUGUGAACUGUCUGACAUGGAUCGCAUCACAUUGGCCGGCUCCAGUGCCUUCAAGCACAGCGAUGAAGCUGACUAUCUUGAGAAUGCAUGUGCUGAGGAACCAAACAAACUCUGUGAAUUCAAACGCCUUUCGGGUCGAAUCCUCAAGACCGUAGACUCAGUGUAUCAAGAUGUGUCCAGUGUGGAUGAGUGCCGAGAAUUGUGUCUCAAUUCACCCUAUCGAUGCCACUCCUAUGACUACGGUGACACUGGUGAUAUGGUCUGUCGACUCAGUCAUCACAGUCGUGCCACACUUGCCGACAUUCAAGAUCCCUACUUAGAUGUCCCCGAGGCCGCCACAUACGAACUCUCAUCCUGCUACAAUGUCUCCAUUGAGUGUCGUGCCGGAGACAUGGUGGCCAAGAUUCGUACAUCGCGUAUCUUCGAUGGCAAAGUCUACGCCAAGGGUGCACCCAAAUCCUGCUCUGUUGACGUCAAGAAUGCCCUUGAAUUCGAACUCCGUAUGGGCUAUCAAGAUCUUGAAUGCAACGUGCGUCAAAAUGGCCUAGGUCGCUACAUGAACGACGUCGUCAUCCAACAUCACGACAAAAUUGUCACAUCAUCCGAUCUUGGCCUUGCACUAACCUGCCAAUACGAUCUAACCAACAAAACCGUGUCCAACGACGUUGACCUCGGUGUAACUGGAGACAUUGAAACAACGCUGUCUGAGGAAGUUGUUGUCGACUCACCCAACGUCAUCAUGAAGAUCACAUCACGCGACGGCAACGACAUGAUGCGAUCUGCCGAAGUAGGAGACGCCCUAUCACUACGCUUCGAAAUUGCCGAACAACAGUCACCCUACGAGAUCUUUGUGCGAGAACUCGUGGCCAUGGAUGGCACAGACAACGCCGAAAUUACCCUCAUCGAUUCUGACGGUUGUCCAACUGAUCACUUCAUCAUGGGACCAAUCUACAAGAGUUCUACAACAGGGAAGAUUCUCAUUUCACACUUUGAUGCCUUCAAAUUCCCCUCAUCGCAAACCGUUCAAUUCAGAGCACUGGUUACGCCCUGUAUGCCUACUUGCGAACCCGUUCAAUGCGACCAAGAAGACUUCAGCGGAGAACUUAGAUCACUCAUUUCAUACGGCAGAAAGCGACGAUCAGUUAGCGCUUCACGGAUGCGGCGUGAAACUCUGAAGCAACCACCAGAAGAUAUGCUCCUAGUGCAAUCAAUUGAAAUUACCGACAAAUUUGGUUUUGAGAAGCAACAACAAUCACAGAUUAAGCCCACUACAAAAGAGACUGUCUUUAUGGCCACCGAUAAUCAAGCUUUCUGCAUAAAUGGCUUUGGUCUCAUACUGGCUGGUGCCAUCUUCCUCCUUGCCCAAGUGUCCGUCAUCGGUAUUUGGACAUUCUUGUGGCAAAGACGACGAAAACAGCGCAGUUUUGACGAGUCAUCGUAUGGUUCAACAAUCCCAACCCCUACCCUAACAGCCGGCCGAACUGAUUCCCUCUGCAAAUUGUACGAAACAACCCAUUCGAGACAUCCUCGUCAUUUCUAACACGCCAAGUAAUUGCAGUUAAAAAUUGAAAACAAAUUUACAAAAAAAAACAACUACGAAA